CACAGUUAAAACUUAAAACUCCCCACGUGCGGUUCCUCUAACUAACCAUGGUUAAAUCCAACCCCCCAAAUCUAAAAGACUAAAACAAAACCCUCCUUCAUUUUCAAUUUUAUAGUCUGAAAAACACAAAGCAUAAGGCAAUUCAGAUAUUCUGACAAUGCAUACGUAUAGCAAAGGUGGGUGGUAGGGAAAUCAGAAGCGUCGUCUCAGGGUCAAGCCAAGCCAAGCCAACAACAACAAAAAGGAAAAAAGAGCAACAACAACUACACUACACCAACAGGCAAUAACAUAACACAAUUCUCUCAUAGAAAAAAUAAUAAUAAAUAAUAACAAAAAGAUUUCUUAUUAUCUCUUCUUCUUCAACGCUCUUCCUUUCAUGCUACUCUAAGAACCUUCACAUGGAACCGCAACGUGUUGUCGUCAUUGUCACCGUCAUCACCUUCUUCUUACUCUCUUCUCUCGGUCUUCUUGCUGGAUUGGGAUUUGGUGGUGGUGGUGGGGCUCGUACUGGAACGUUGAUGUCUUUGUCGUAUUUGUUGGGGUUUGAGGAAGAAGGUAUCGACAACAACAACAACAACUACACACUCAUUCAUACACCUCAUCGUAAACUUCUUCCUCAUUCUGCAACUGAGAGGUUGGAACCAAACCGAAUAUGGGGGGACAAAAAAUGCAGCAAAUCUGAUAUUGUUAUCAAUCAAGGCUCAACAGCACCACUCCCAAGUGGUAUACCAACAUACACAGUUGAAAUCAUGAACAUGUGUGUAAGUGGAUGUGACAUUUCUGCUAUUCAUCUUCGAUGUGGCUGGUUCAGCUCAGCACGUCUCAUCAACCCUAAGCUCUUCAAACGCCUCCGUUACAAUGACUGCCUUGUCAAUGAUGGUAGACCAUUAGUCAAUGGUGGCACUGUUUCUUUCCAGUAUGCUAAUACCUAUCUCUAUCCACUCUCAGUUUCAUCUGUAGUAUGCGUUUGAAGAGUGUUUUUUGGUAGUGAUUCUUUUGGACUUGUGUAUAUACACAUCACAUAUUAUAGGUAUGAUCACUUUCAUGUGACACGUGAUGAAUGGAUCUAUAGAUGAAAGGUGACGAUGAGAACAUGAAUAUUGUGCUUAUUACAAUUUUUUUUGAUGAUAGAUUGGAUUAGAUUGGAAACAUGUGGGGACUGAGGAGGAGAGGAUAUAAAGUUCCAGGCCCAACAAUGUUUUCCCUUUUUGCUUUAUAUUUCUUUCUUUUUAGACAUUAUGAGAUGAUAUAUGCUUCUAUCAUUUUCCUUUUUGUGUACAUUCAUUAAUAUUGAACUGUACAAGCAUUGAGUAUUA